AUGAGACUACCAGCGGUACGGCUCUUGCAGCUGGGCCGGGUGCCAUAUGCCGAAGUUCUGGAGCUGCAAGAGUACUGGCUGAAGCGGCUGCAAGCAGAGCCAGACACCAAGGCCCGACCAGGGGAUGAAGCGGGCGCGCUACUUCUCAGCGAGCCCGCAGGUCCUGUGUAUACAGCUGGGCUGCGCGGCGGCCUGACGCCUGAGGAGGCAGCGCAGUUGCGGGCGUUGGGCGCCGAGGUGCGCGCCACCGGCCGCGGCGGCCUUGCCACUUUCCACGGCCCGGGCCAACUGCUCUGCCACCCCGUGCUCGAUUUGCGGCGCUUCGGCCUGCGCCUGCGCACUCACGUGUCGGCACUGGAGGCGUGCGCUGUGCGCCUGUGCGAGCUCCAGGGCCUGCCGACUGCGCGCGCGAGACCUCCGCCCUACACUGGGGUCUGGCUGGGUGAACUCAAGAUAUGCGCGAUCGGAGUCCGCUGUGGGAAGCACAUCACAUCACACGGGCUGGCUCUGAACUGCUGUACGGACCUGACGUGGUUUGACCGCAUUGUCCCCUGUGGGCUGGUGGGGACAGGUGUUACUUCCUUAAGUAAGGAGCUCCAGAGAUAUGUCACUGUGGAUGAAGUAAUGCCACUUUUCCUUGAGGCCUUUAAGGAAACCUACAAGUGCACACUGACUUUAGAGGACUGCCUCAACUGA